CCCACUUUUGAUAAUCAUAAGCUUUGUUUCUGAAAAUAAUUCUGGGCCACACCCACAACUCAACGCACAUUGAAGUACAAGAAAGAAAGAGGCAAAGCUGCUUGCUUUCUUUGAUGGCUUUGUUCAAAGUACCCUUGAAAAUAUCCCUUCUUCCCCCCACACCAACCAUCUGUUGCCUCUUGUAUAUAAAUCUUAUCCCCAUCUCGUCUUCUCUGUCUUUAUACUAAAGCAUGCUAUCAUGUAAUUUAGCUUCCCCAGUAUGGGAAACCCAUGAGGAACCCCUGACCAUUAUGUCUUUUUUCUUUUCCUUGGUUCUUUUUCCUCUCAUCCAAUCUGUAAGUGACGUUUACUUGAUCAUUAAAUCAUGGCCAUUGCUUAGGUUUUUUUUUUGAAACAUUAGUUUAAUGUGAGAUUCCAAACAAACCCUUUCUGGAUCUUAACAAAAGGGAAACAAAAGUAGUAGGAUUCUUAGUUCCAAAUCUCCAUUUGUUCAUAAUUGUUAUAUUAAAUAAUGGGACAGAUGUUGUCAACAUUCAUGAAUUUAAUAAAUAGAAGGGAAAUAAUAUAAUAAAUUCAUGAGUGCGAAGCAAAUAAUACAACAUCUAUAAUGAUAGGAGAAACGCCUCUCUAAUAGUAGGGCUAUUUUUUUCUCCUAAGAGGAUAGAUGGGUAAGAGUUAUUUGUGGAAUAUGCUAUCGCUCUUAUGGAAGUAGACAAAAAAUGAAGCUUUAUGAAGGUCUUGUUUGUUAGAAUCACAUGGAAUUCCAUCAACCCUAAUGGAAAUUUGUAGCAUCUUUGAAUUAAAGGAAAUUCAUAGUCAUUAAAAAGACUUGAAAGCUCUAAAAAUGGAGAAUAAAGGACCUUGUUUCUUUUGGAAAAGUAUUAUAAUUUUGGAGACGAAAGAAACAGUAGAAUUGAAGAAAUAUGGAAGUUGCAGGGAAGUAUAAAGAGGAAGAGGUGGUGGCAGUGGAGGUUGGACAGAGGGAGGGGGAGACUAAGGUGGGUCAGAAACACAUGUCCUAUUCAGGCAAUAUCCAUGUGCCCACAUGUAUGAUAUAUAUUUGACGGAGAGAGAAAAAAAGAAGGGAAGAAGAAACAAUAAGAGGAAAAAAAGUGAGAGGAGUGAGAUGAAAGAGAGUGGGGACACACAGAAACAAAACCCACCAACAACCCCUCCUCUCAUUAGCUCUUCCUCUCCAACAUUGGCAGUUACUCUUGUCUCUGCGACUGCUUCUUCUGCUUUCUUAUCUUGGGGUGUUGGUAUUCUUCCACUACUGUUUCUGUGUUCACAUGUUUUACAUAUAAGAUAGUUGGUUAUAGGUUUUAUAGAGUGUGUGGGAAGUCUAUUGAAGAAAAAUGAAGGAGAAGAGUGACGGGUUUGUGAGGGCAGAUCAGAUAGAUCUGAAGAGCUUGGAUGAGCAGCUUCAGAGGCAUCUCAGCAGAGCAUGGACUAUGGAGCAGAAGAAGGAGCAGCAGGAAGAGAGGCCCAAUACUCGAGAAGAGUGGGAGAUUGAUCCUUCCAAGCUCGUCAUCAAGAGUGUCAUCGCUCGUGGCACUUUUGGGACGGUUCAUCGUGGGGUUUACGAUGGCCAAGAUGUUGCAGUUAAACUUCUUGAUUGGGGAGAGGAGGGCCACAGAACAGAGGCUGAAAUAGCUUCACUUAGAGCAGCUUUUACACAAGAAGUUGUUGUAUGGCACAAGCUUGAUCAUCCUAAUGUAACUAAGUUCAUUGGGGCUACAAUUGGCUCAUCAGAGCUAAACAUACAAACAGAAAAUGGUCACAUUGGCAUGCCAAGUACUGUAUGUUGUGUUGUUGUUGAAUAUCUUCCUGGGGGAGCACUGAAAUCUUACCUCAUAAAGAACCAUAGAAGGAAGCUGGCUUUCAAAGUAGUUGUCCAACUGGCACUAGAUCUUGCACGAGGGUCAAACUCUCACGCCCCAUCUGUAUCUUAUUUUAUUCUUCAAAUCUUUCAAAUGUUGAGCUAUCUUCAUUCUAAGAAGAUUGUCCACAGAGAUGUGAAAACAGAGAACAUGCUUCUGGACAAGACUCGUACUUUAAAAAUUGCUGACUUUGGGGUUGCUCGCAUGGAGGCUUCAAAUCCUAAUGACAUGACAGGCGAGACUGGAACCCUUGGUUACAUGGCACCAGAGGUUCUCAAUGGCAACCCGUAUAAUAGGAAAUGCGAUGUGUACAGUUUUGGUAUCUGCUUGUGGGAAAUUUAUUGCUGUGACAUGCCAUAUCCAGAUCUCAGCUUCUCAGAAGUGACCUCAGCUGUUGUCCGCCAGAAUCUGAGGCCUGAGAUACCUCGUUGUUGCCCGAGCUCUCUUGCGAAUGUAAUGAAGCGAUGCUGGGAUGCUAACCCUGACAAGCGCCCAGAGAUGGACGAGGUGGUAUCGAUGCUGGAGGGCAUUGACACAUCCAAGGGUGGAGGUAUGAUCCCUCUAGAUCAACCUCAAGGCUGUUUCUGUUUUGGCAAGUACCGAGGGCCUUGAAAGAAUUGCUCUCUAAAGCAAAGAGAUGGUACAGAGUUCUGGAAAUCCAGCUUGUAUUUAAUUUAAGGUGGAAGAUUUGGGAUUUCAGAGAUGAAGGGAUACAGAAAUGCGGUUUGGUUUUAGCCUUUUAGGAUAAGAGGAACUCAUCAAUUUCUGUUUGUUUGUCGGAUUUUUGGAUGCUGUAAAUCUUUUCUUCUUUCGUUUUCCCUUAAAAAGGAAAUUGUGUAUUUGAUAGAGUGGCCGAUUCCAGGAUUUGUUGGCCUAAACAACGUUUCUGUAAGAUGAGCUUUCAUGUAACAGUCAGAUAUUGCCAUGUUGAACUGUUAAUUCAACAGGGUAAAUUGCUAAAAAAUGCCUUUCCUGAUGUGCA